GCAGCAAAGAGUGCUGAACUGAAAAAGGCGUGUUAAGAGCCCAGAGGCAGGAAAUGCUGAGGAGGCACAAACCGGCCCCGUGCUCGGCGUUUUGAGACAAUCCCGCGUGUUGUGUGUGGGCUCCCGGGAAGACGAGGAAGGGUCUGUGACCGCAGGAGAUGACGGAACACGAGCCCGCGGGGCCGGGCUGCGGGGCGGGGCCCGGAAGGCCGCUCCGGUUCCGGGCCGAGCCAUGGACGCGCUGUGGCGGCUGAAGCGCUUCGAUGCCUUCCCCAAAACCCUGGAAGACUUUCGGGUGAAGACGUGCGGGGGAGCGCUGGUGACGGUGGUCAGCGGGCUCAUCAUGGCGCUGCUGUUCGUCUCGGAGCUGCAGUACUACCUCACCAAGGAGGUUCAUCCGGAGUUGUACGUUGACAAGUCCAGGGGAGAUAAACUGAAGAUCAAUCUAGAUGUUAUUUUUCCACAUAUGCCUUGUGCUUAUUUGAGCAUCGAUGCCAUGGAUGUAGCAGGGGAGCAGCAGCUGGAUGUGGAGCACAACCUGUUCAAGCAGCGUUUGGAUAAAGCUGGCAAUCGUGUGACUCCAGAGGCUGAGAGACACGAGCUGGGAAAAGAAGAAGAAAAAGUGUUUGAUCCAAACUCUUUGGAUGCUGAUCGCUGCGAGAGCUGCUACGGGGCAGAGUCAGAGGACAUCCGGUGCUGCAACACUUGUGAUGAUGUCAGAGAAGCCUACAGGCGGCGAGGCUGGGCCUUCAAGAACCCAGAUACCAUAGAGCAGUGCAAGAGGGAGGGCUUCAGCCAGAAAAUGCAAGAGCAGAAGAACGAGGGCUGCCAAGUCUAUGGUUUCCUAGAGGUCAACAAGGUAGCUGGGAAUUUCCACUUUGCACCAGGGAAAAGUUUUCAACAGUCUCAUGUGCAUGUUCACGAUCUGCAGAGCUUCGGGCUCGAUAAUAUCAACAUGACACACUAUAUCAAACAUCUCUCAUUUGGAAGGGAUUAUCCAGGCAUUGUGAACCCUCUGGAUGGGACAGAUGUCACUGCACAGCAAGCUUCCAUGAUGUUUCAGUAUUUUGUCAAAGUGGUCCCCACGGUGUAUCUGAAGGUAGAUGGUGAAGUGGUCAGAACUAACCAGUUUUCAGUGACUCGACAUGAGAAGAUAGCCAAUGGGCUGCUGGGGGACCAGGGCCUGCCAGGUGUCUUUGUGCUGUAUGAACUUUCCCCCAUGAUGGUGAAGCUGACAGAGAAACACAGGUCCUUCACACACUUUCUCACGGGAGUUUGUGCCAUCGUUGGAGGCAUUUUUACAGUUGCAGGACUCAUUGACUCCUUGAUCUAUCACUCAGCACGUGCCAUCCAGAAGAAAAUUGAACUUGGGAAGACAACAUAAAUAAGCAACAACAUCACCCCACAAAAAAACUCUUUAAGAACUGAGAGGGUUUGUUGAAACACAAGUGAACUUCUGGGUGCACAAGGUUUGGAAUCACCAGGUGGCCCUGACCCCUCUUUUGUUACUGUCCUGUCAUUCUUGGUAUUAACUGGUGGGUGGAACUGCUUGAACCUUGCUGCUGUGAAGACUGACUGUGCAGACCCUACUGUAAAACCCUUUGGUGUCAGUCCAUGUUCAUCCAGUUCUGCCCCCCUUCCCCAAAGAGAUGCUGGAGCUACUGCCUUCUGGUUGCCUCCAGGAGCAGCGUGUGGUCGGGAGACCUGGAGGAACCCAUUGAAGCUGCCAUCAAAUAAGCUUCUUAAAUCUUUCUUCAAAAUAUUUGUGAGUGUGCUGAUGCUGUGUCAGGCCUUGGUGAGAGUAUGCUGACUCCCCUGUGCUUUCCCUGCCCCUGUGGUGACCCCCAGCACAGGGCUGUCCUCCCAGUCCCCUGGGGCUUGGCAGCUGCUCCUUCUCUCCUGACAAAAGAUGCAACUUGAUGUUUCAGCAAAAUUAAAAAAAAAAAGUGGAGUUUUAAUUGGUUUUUAAAUUGGAUUGUGUUUUCCACUUCCCCUCUGUUUGUAUUUUGAAAUAAAGCCCAGCCUCUGUGUGUUUUGAUGAA